GGGUAAACUCAUGAUUGCUGGUAGAAGUUGGGGCAUGAGGAGGAGACAUGAGGGGAAUUGUGGAUGCUAUCCUUCAUGGCCUUGUAUGAUACGAUAUGUACGGUGGUGGGGACCAUGAUCAGCCCCACCAAACAUCCCACUUUGAUGGGCUUCCAUGCUGAGCAAACCAGUCAACCACACAUGGAAUUAAUUGCUUUUCCCCUUUCUUUCCUUCACUCGUCGCUUUCUUUCCUCUUUAUCCUCUCCUGCCCCCCCGCCCCUCCGUUAGUUUGUUUGUCUCCUCUCUCUCGCACUUUGUGCGACUAACGUGCUCUACCAUCUUUCUUUAUCAUAUUACCCCUUCACGCAUCAUCAUUCAUCAUCAUUAUCGUCAUCACCAUCAUCAUCACCGCUACUGUUAAAGACUGCUCACUACUGUCUACUCCGUGUCCCGCGGAUCCUAUAAGGCAAUGACGGGCCCUACUCCUGAUCAGAAGAAUCUUCACUACUUCGUUAGUGGUGUUUCUUCCAUAUCUUUAAUUGCUCCUACAGAAGAGCUUUUUUAUACCACUGUCGCUUUUUACACCGAUCUUGGAUUCGACGAGGCUUUCGUCUACGAUCGGACUCAUCCCACCGUUAAACGUGAGGAUGAUCAUUGUCGCGCCUCCGAGAAGGAGACCUGGUUGUACUCUCAAGGCGCGGCCGGCGACGGCACAGAUGUCAAUCUCAAGAUCCGCUAUGUAGUGGAAGCCGGACUUCGGAGGCAAUCGUUAAUCCCUCCCCCGAUUCCGCCGAACAGCGAAGAAUGGAGAGGAAAGUCAAUGAGUGUCAUCUUGUACACCCCGGCCCUGGACAGAGUGAUCGAUCUUCUUUCAGAGAAGAAGAUUGCCUUCCAGUCCCAACCCAGCGAAAAGGAGCCCUCGGAGUUGGAUUUACUUCUAAAGCAAAUCCGUUUACUAGGGUCGGGCCCAGGUAUGUUCCAGGCGUCUUGGGGGAAUCAAGGGUUCGGGACCAGACGAGACCCAGCACCCCAGGCGGGGUGA